AUGCCUGCUGGCGGUAACAGUCGCUUUCGCAAUUACCCUGCGCGGAUGUCCGAGCGACAACAGUUAGCACUUUUGUUACAAAUUACCUCUCAGGAUAUUGUUUUGCCUGGACCAGAAACUAAUGCAAGUCCUAAGACUAAAAGAACAGCGAACCCAGAGACGCUGAAGGUUAUUGGCUCUGAGAAAUUGGGAGCCUCUGAGGACGAGCUAGCUACAGGAGUCAAAGGGUCAGAAUUUCGGGAGUUUCAGCAAGAGCUGGUGAGCUCGGUACGUGUGACCAGACCGAGCGCUGGUGAAGAGAGUGGAGCCCCCUGUGAAAUGCGUAGAACACCACCUCAAAAUAAAGUGGACAGAUCGGCAACCGGACAAUCCGGAAGCUCGCCACGUGUAACCUUACGUAUAAACAACGUCCGCGCGGGAGCGAGGGAUGAAAAAAAAGGGCAGUCGCGCCCGAGCUUUGUAAACACCUCGACAAGCCCGAUGGAUACCACCACCAGUCCAAGUACCACCACCACCGCCUCGAGUAACCCCACCAGCUCCAACCCUUCACCCUCAAACCCGAACCCGAACUCCAACGCCUCCAGCGCCACCUCUAACAGUUCCUCAACAAACUCGAGCGCGAACACAAAUUCGAAUACAAACUCUUCAAGUUCCGGGAACAAGUCUGCUUCUUCAACAGCAGCGACCUCUUCGACCACCACCACAACUUCAACGGCUUCUUCUACCACCGCUUCAACAGCCAAUGCCUCUCCGGACACUACCGACAUCUAUGAGUUCAAGAGUUCCAAGGAACCGACUCCUGUUCGAGGAACCAGUUCCUCUCCGAACCUUUCUGAUAAAGACAAAGAGUUGAGCACUAGUUCCACCAACGUUUCUAGUGCUAAUAAUAAUAAUACUAAUAAUAACAACAAUAAUAAUAACAAUAAUAGUAAUAAUAACAAUAAUAAUAGUAAUAAUAAUAAUAAUAAUAAUAAUAAUAAUAAUAAUAAUAAUAACAGCAGUAACAAUGCUGCAAAUGUUCCAAACUCUGGAACAGGAACUAAUUCAGAGUCUAGUAGCUCAGGAGCGAACUCUGGUGGCGCGGAACUGAGCACCACUGGCUCGCCAGCUUCGAAACGUACUUAUGAAGAUGAUGAUCAGGAUGAUGAGGUUAAAAGGAAGAAACGCAAGGAAGGAGACUCGAAGGAUAAUAAAACUACACCGAGGCAAAAUGCCGGACGCGCUGCUGAUAAGUUUGACAAGGUGAGCACAAGCGUAACCGCGUCGUUUGUUGAACAGUGUGUAAAAGCAGGCAAGCCGGCAGCGGCAUCUUCUGGAACAGCCAAGAACAGCCAGAACUCGGGACCAGCGCCAUCUAGCGGAGCGGCGGAUAGAAAGAGCCCCAGUUCCACAGCUGCGAGUAGUCCUAAGCCGGCUGGGAGCAACAAAGCGGACUCGGACGGCGAUGAGGACCGCAAGGGUUCCGAAGCGGCGCCCAAAGUUCCGCCGCUGAAGAUUGUCAUUCCUCAGAGCACCGCGGAACAAGAACAAGGUGCCAGGAACGGCAAGAACACUUCCACUAGGGGGCACCAGCUGCCUUAUGUGGUUCCCAGUUCCAACAGCAGCGACUCCAAUGACAAAGACUCCGCGGCAGGUGCUGGAACUUCUGGAGGAACUACUAGUCCUACCGAGACUGCUAAGGUUGAGGAUAAAAAGGAUUUUAGUGGCGCUAUUCACAGCGAGGAGAGGAGUACUCAUCAUCAGAGAGUUCUUAGGAGUUCUCAUAGAGGUGGAAAUGGCAAUGGAACAUCCAAAGAUUCUGCGCAGUACUCAAACUCCUCCCCCCUGGCGACAGACCGUUCAAACAAUUCAUCUCCCCAGGCCCGUCACACCUCUCCAAGCCCCGAAACAAGCACAGAAACAAAGCCAGCGACGACAGAGUCAUCUUCGAACCCAAAAUCAUCGACCAGCAGCGACAAGGCGGAGAAAAACGAAACUAAACUCAAAGAGGAACCCGCAGAGUCAGCGCCAUCUACAACAGCCUCCACGCCAACCCUCACUCCCGCGGAACUGCACCCGCGCAAGCGCAAAAUGAAGCCCAAAGAGGUCGCCACUACCACGGAGUCCAGCGAGGCGAACAGCACUGGAACAGAAGUGCAUCCUCACGACCAGCCAAUCACAAACUGCUACCAGCUGUUCCUGAACAUCCGCAAGCAGAUAGAGCGCCGGCGCAAAGGACUGUUCCCGGUACAGCCCAAGCCUCCUCAGGGGUUCAAAGAUUAUUUAAUGAACCGCUGCACUUAUGUUCUUGCCGGGAACGCGAACAAGGAACCGAACGUCAAGCCUCCUGCGAAUCUCGCGGAACAGAUGAAGGCUUUGUUUAUUAAGCAGGAGAGCGAGAGGUAUAGGUUACGCAUGCAGCAUGUGGUUGAGAAGGAGAAACUUGUUCUGUCCGUGGAACAGGAAAUUCUGAGGGUUCAUGGGCGCGCCGCAAGGGCGCUAGCGAAUCAGGAACUCCCGUUCUCGGUGUGUACUAUUUUGAAAGAUGAGGAGGUUUAUAAUGUUAUUACUCCGGAACAAGAAGACAAGGAACGGAACUUGCGCAGUCGGUACAAUGGCAGGCUGUUCCUUAGUUGGUUGCAGGAUGUUGAUGAUAAGUGGGAGAAAAUUAAGUGGAAGCUAAAAGAAGUUGGACUUUGUGAAUUCAAAGCUCAGCCUCAAAUCGAAGACAUCCAUGUACCAAUGGUGCAUGUUUCUGAUGACUUCGAUCUGCUACCCGCCUAA